AUGCUUAAGAUUACACUAAACAAAUAUAUAAAAGCAAUUAGGGAUUCAAAUAUUGACAUCUUAAAUGCUUUUCAUGCAUUGCAAGGAGAUAUAACAGACAUUGAUUUAUCCUCCAAUCCUCAUUGGGAAGAAAUUCUUGGCUCCCUUCAACUAUACAAACCAGUAGCCGAAAUAGAUACUACUGAUAUUAGGGGCAAGGACAUGGAGACUCUAGAUAAAUGGGAGGAUUUCUACAAGACUUACGCAAAGUGGGUUGGAUUUGAUUUUAGGAUUGAUGACACCAAAUACAGGGACGACAUUAUUAGCAUCUGCCGAAUCCUUCGAAUGAAAGAUACAAACCUUUGGCGGUGUAAGGAAUUUGUUGCACCUCAUAAUCAUGAUUUGGUGAUCCCAUCACAAAUGCAUUUCUUGCAUUCAAACUGUGAGGUUCCAGAAGCAAUGGCUUCCCAAGUAAUGAGCAUGAAAAUAUGUGGGAUAAAACCUAGUUUAGCAGUAACACCCAUGGCUUUACAAUCAGGUGGGUACGACAAUCUUUCUUUUCAACUAAGAGAUGUGUACAACAAAGUUUCCACUUUAAGAAAACUAGAUAACCUAUCAAGUGAAUCAGAGGGUGUGUUGUCUUUCUUGGACGACCUAUCAACAAAGGAUCCCAAUAUAUAUGUUGAGUACAAGUUAGAUGAGCAAAAUCGCUUGGCAAAUCUUUUCUGGGUUGAUGGAGUGAGUAGAAGGGAAUACAUGCUAUUUGGUGAGGUCAUUGCAUUCGAAUCAAUGUACAAGAUGAACAAGUAUAAUAAGCCAUUGGCAAUCGUUGUUGGCGUCAAUCAACAUUUUGAGACUUGUGUGUUUGAGUGCGCAUUGAUAGUUGAUGAGACAGAGGACACCUUGUAA